GCUUGCGUUUCUUCUGCCUGACCUCAUGACGCCUCCUCGCCGACGGGCCGCGUCGCCGGUCACGCUCAAGCUCAUCGUGAUCCUCGGGCUUGGCAUGGUCGUAUGCAUCAUGCUCUUCCUCAACCUGUCCUUUGCCAGCAUGGACAACAAGGCGGCGCCGGCGAGCGGCCAAGCGCUGCACCUCCGCGCGGCCGAACCGACGCCGCCGCCGCACCGCCGCAUCAUCGUGCUCAUCGCCAACUACCGCGACUCGCGCCGGUGCGCCGAGACGCUCGAAUCGCUCUUCACGCGCGCCGCCGUGCCCGAGCGCGUCACCGUGAGCCUCUUUGACCAACUAUACUUGCACGAAGGCGAGGUGCGCUGCUUUGACGCGUACUGCGACAAGGUCGGCGACGCUGCGUGUCGUCGGUCCGAGCGGCUGCGGCGCAACGGGACCAUCGACGCCGACCAAGCCACGGGCCCGACGCUGGGGCGGUACGAGUCGGAGAAGGGCGUCGACUUGGCCCAAGAUGACUUUGUCUUGGCGAUCGACUCGCACACGCUCUUCAUCAAGCACUGGGACACGGACCUGCUCUCGCAAUGGGAUUCGAUUGGCAACAAGCGCGCGAUCAUCACCGUGUACCCGGACGCAACGACCAACAUGCCGCCGGACGGGCAAUUCCGGAAACGCGUGACGCUCAUGUGCCACGCCAAGAUCGAGACCGAAGACAAGGACUCGAUGAUCCAGUACAGCGCGUCGAUCACGGUGCCCGCGCCAGCCAAGCCGCGGCUCAUGUCGCAAUUUGCCGGCGGCUUCAACUUUGGCACGGCGCAGUCGGUGCUUGAAGUCCGCAACGACCCCCACACGCCGUACCUCUUCCACGGCGAAGAGUACUCGAAGGCCGCGCGCCUCUUUACACACGGCUACGACAUGUACAUUCCGGCCCGCGAUAUCGUCUUCCAUUGGUACGAGCCGCGCAAGGUCAUUUGGGAGAAGGACUGGGGCGCCCGCUGGAUCAUCCAGCAAGACUCCAAGCGCCGCAUUCGCAAGGUGCUCGGCCUCUCGACGACGAAGGACGAGCACUUUAGCCAAGAGAUCGAGCGCUUUAGCCUCGGCACGAAGCGGACGAUGGAGCAAUUCAUUCAGUUUUCCAGCAUCGAUCCGUCGGCCGAGUACAAGAACGGCGACGACCUCCAGUUCGACAACUGCCACGAGCUCGAGUACGUGCCCUACGACGGCGACGAGGCCAACUUUGUGUAGUAUCAACUUGAUACAUGUCUUACGUGUACUUGGAAGAGCGAGCUGCAAGCAUAGGACGA